CAUCCAGUUGUUUUAAGCAGAUUCUUUAAUCGUUACUCCUCCCUUUCCCGCCACUCAAACGAGGUAGUGGACUUUUUGAUGAGCUCAGAUUGGGCGCAAGCGCAAAGUGAGUAUAUUUGAGAGUAAUUCUGGAAAAAAUAGCUUUGGAAAAUUCUACUAAUACCAAUUAAUAUUUCUUAUUGAUCCAAUUAUUUACCACGAAAUCCUAUACGAUUGUUUCUACUUUUUUCUGGGUAUGUUUAAUAACUAAAUAUUCUCCCUUAUACAAAAAAUUGCAUACUAUUAUAAUUUUAAUCUCGUCAUAUGUAAAUAAUCUUCAAUGAACCAAUCUUUAAACUUAUUGAGGAGAGAACAAUUAAGAAUUUCAAAGUUUUUGAGGGACUGCUCGAAGAAUAUGUUCCUAGAACAAGGAAUGCAAACUCAUGCUGCUGUGGUGAAAAUGGGUUUUUGGUCUGAUAUGAUAAUAAGCAAUAAUCUUGUAGAUAUGUACAGUAAAUGUCGAAGAUUGGACAAUGCAUAUAAGGUGUUUGAUGGAAUGCUUCAAAGAAAUGUUGUUUCUUGGACUGCUCUAAUAUGUGGGUGUUUGCAUCAGGGUGAUGCUGAAGGAGCUUUGUCGAUUUUGUAUGAGAUGAGUUUUUCUGAUGUUAGACCGAAUGAGUACACUUUCUCUUCGAGUUUCAAGGCAUGUAGUUUGUUGGGUGUUCAUGAAAAAGGAAUGCAAGUUCAUGGUGUGUGCGUGAAAGCUGGGUAUCAGUGGCUUCCUGUUGUUGGUAAUUCGAUUGUUGAUAUGUAUGCCAAGUGUGGGAAGAUGGGAGAUGCAGCUCUCGCCUUCGAUGAAAUGGGUGUGAAGAAUCUUAGAGCCUGGAAUACUGUUAUAGCAGGGUACAGUUCUCAAGGGGAUGGUAAGAGUUCUAUAGAAUUGUUUGAGAGAUUGCAGAAAGAGGGUGUGGUUCCUGAUGAGUUUACAUUUACAUCUGUUCUCAAAGCUUGUAGCGUUCUUGGAGUGGUUUCUUGGGGUACUCAAAUUCAUGCUGCGUUGAUCACGAGGGGGUUUCCAGUUUCUGUCCAGACAGUUCUUGUGGGUGCGCUUAUUGACUUGUAUGUAAGAUGUAAAUACCUGGUUGACGCCCGGAAACUAUUUGAUUAUAUUGAGGAUAGGAGUGUUGUUUCCUGGGCUUCUCUUGUUUUGGGUUAUGCACAAGACGGAAACUUUUUGGAGGCUAUGGAUGUGUUUAGACAGCUUAGAGAGAACAACGUACAAGUUGAUUCAUACACAUUGUCAGGUUUAAUUGGAGUCUUUGCUGAUUUUGCUUUCGUGGAGCAAGGGAAGCAACUUCAUGCCUAUGCCAUUAAGGUCCCCUCUGGCUUAGAGCUAGAAGUUGGCAACUCCAUUGCUGAUAUGUACCACAAAUGUGGACUGAUGGAGGAAGCAGAGAGGUUUUUUAUUGAAAUGCCAGUGAAAAAUCGAGUUUCAUAUACAGCUAUGAUCACUGGCUAUGGAAAACAUGGUCUAGGGAAAGAAGCUGUGUUUCUUUUUAAUAAAAUGCUAUCCGAAAAUGUCAGGCCUGAUAGGAUAACUUACUUGGCUAUCCUAUCAGCUUGUAGCCAUUCGGGGCUGGUGAAAGAAUGUGAAGAAUACUUCUCACAAUUGUCCAGUGGCCAUUGGAUCAAAGCAGAAGUGGAGCACUAUUCUUGCAUGGUCGAUCUCCUAGGUCGAGCUGGGCGUCUUACUGAAGCUAGAAAUCUCAUAGAGAGUAUGCCAAUGAAACCAAACAUAGGCGUGUGGCAGACAUUGCUGAGUGCUUGUAAAGUUCAUGGGAAUCUGGAACUCGGAGAAGAGAUAGGAAAGAUCAUCUUGGAAUUGGACGGAGAUAAUCCAGUUAAUUAUGUUUUGAUGUCAAAUCUUUAUGCUAAUGCUGGUUACUGGGAGGAGUGUCAGCAGCUGAGAGAAGCAGUUAAAAAAAAGGGCUUAAGGAAAGAUGCAGGCCAGAGUUGGGUGGAGAUUGGAAAAGAGGUCCAUUUCUUUUAUGGAGGAGACGAUACACAUCCACUCACUGAUAAAAUCCAUGAAGUAUUAAUAAAAAUGGAGACAAGAUUAAAAGAAGAGUUGGGCUAUUCCUAUGAAGUAAGGUUUGCAUUGCAUGAUGUGGAAGAUGAGUCAAAGCUGGAAAAUUUAAGAGUUCAUAGUGAGAAGCUGGCUAUCGGACUGGCACUGGUCUGUAGUGGAAAGGAAGGAAACACGAAAGUUAUCAGGGUUUUCAAGAACUUGAGAGUUUGUGGUGAUUGCCAUGAGUUCAUCAAGGGUUUAUCUAAAGUUUUAAAGAGAGUGUUUGUUGUCCGAGAUGCUAAUAGAUUUCACAAAUUCCAGGACGGGUUAUGCUCUUGUGGAGAUUAUUGGUGAUGUAGAUGUGUCAUCAUCAUCCAGAGACAUAUACUCCCACUUGAAUGACACUCAUGAAUGAUCAAAUGCAAAUAUCAACGUCAAGAGCAUAAAACUGAUUUUAGAAACUGGAAUGACAUGAAUGAGAUCCAUCGUACAUCAAGUAGUGAUGAUGAAGGAUGGGCACCUCAAUUCGUUGGUGUAAGAACAUAGAUAAUGUACGCUGGUGAAGCUUUCUGUUGCAGGCCUGAAAAUUGUUAUUCUUAUGAGUGCCGUCUUCAUGUAUUCGAGGAACAACUUCUCACGACAGUCAAAAUAUUAGAUGAGCAGCUUUUGAGGACAAUCAUGGUUUGAGGUCAAUGAUUCGAGAUUCUAAAAUACAUGUGAGGGUAUAAUAAUGUGACGUACUGGAAAGAAAGCAAAAGAUCAAGCGGAUGAAGAUUUACCCCUGUUGAUUUGGCGGCUAAAUUAUCAUGUUCCAUCUGUUGAAUACCUGUCCUUAGAGCCCUAGGCUCCGUUCGUUAGGGCGUAAAAUAUUUUUCCGAAAAAUUGCAUUCCUCUAUUUUUAAUUUUACAUUGUUUGGUUGGCAAAGGAGUAUAAUUCUAUUUUCCUUAGGAGCAAAAUUGCUCUCCCGAUGAGGAAAAAUCAUUUUCCCUUCUAAAUGAAGGGACGACUGAUUUCCUUUCUUUUCCU